AUGACCGGCGAUGUGCCCGGCCUCGCCGCCUUCUACGAGGAGGUGCUGGGCUUCGAGCACGUCCCGGCCCCGACCUACUCCGGCUUCCAGGUCGCCUGGCUCCGCCUCUCGGGCUCCCCCGACGUCGCGCUCCACAUCAUCGAGCGCGACCCGGCCGUCGCCGCCGCCGCCGCCGCCCCGGGGGCUGCGCAGAGGGGCGCCACGCCCGCGCAGCUGCCCAGGCGGCACCACCUGGCCUUCUCCGCGCAGCUG